AUGAGACUCCAAGCCUCUGUCCUCCUAUGCACACUUGCAUCCGCCGCAAGCGCCUACCUCGUCGACCCACCAACGACUGCGGCACCAGACACGGUCCCGAACUGCAGCAAAUGGCAGAUAGCCGAACCGGGAUGGAGCUCUUGUAACCAAGUUGCCAGCGCAUGGGGUCUACCUAUUUAUCAAGUUGGCCCAUGGAACCCGUCGUGCUCCAGUGACAAGAACUUUGUGCCCGGCAACUCUUAUUGCGUCGAGGUCAACAACGGGCCGUGCCCCGAGAUCGGUGCUGGCGCCUGUCAAGACAACUAA